AUGCUCAUCAGUAGUAGGACACACCAGCACGAGCACAAGCAGCAAACUGUGGCGGGGGAGGAGGAGGAGGAGGAGGAGGAGGAGGAGGAGGAGGAGGAGGAGGAGGAGGAGGAGGAGGAGGAGGAGGAGGAGGAGGAUGAGGAGGAGGAGGAGGAGGAGGAGGUUGAGUGCAAUGCUGGUCCGUUGUGUGCGGUCAUUGGUGGUGCUGAGUGCCCCGUGAGCGCUGUGACGAGUGGUGAUGAGCGGCUCAGAGAGGUGCGGAGUGGUGUGAGCGGCUUUGAGCGGUGCCGAGUGGUGAUGAGCGGCUGUGAGUGGGUGCAGAGUGCUGCAGAGCGGUUCAGAGCAGCAGUGAGCGGUGCUGGGCCGUUGUGUGCGGUCAUUGCUGGUGCUGAGCGCCCGUGGGUGGUGAGGAGUAGUGAUGAGCCACUCUGA